AUGUAAUAACAAUAAACUACAAAUAAUUUUACCCCUUAAAACAAAACUAGAGAGUCUGCAAAUGAUAAAAGAAAGACAAUUUAGGAGGAGGCUGCAUAAAAUUACAAAUAAGAGGACAUAUUAAAAGAUGUUACAAAUAAAUUGUAAUUCAAAAUUCUGAAAAAAAAUGAACAAUUAACUUAGAUGAAGGAAGAAAUAAUUGAUUUAUAGGUUAAUUGGUAGGAAGAUAAAAAAGAAUGGUUGAAUGAGAAGAGUGAACUUGAAAGAAAGUGCGAAUUUUAUAAAGAAAAUGCACAUGUUGAAAGAUAGAAUAAUCAGAAACUGCAAAUACAAAUAGAUAAGUUAACAUCUAUGCUAAAUUAGCAAUCUAAAAGCAAACUCUAAUAUAAUGAAUGUAGUGCAUUAGAAAAAGUAAGUGGUUAAUUAAAUGAAGAAAUUGAUUAUUUAUAAAAGGAGGCUGCGACUUUGAAAACAUAAAUCAGUUUACUGGAAAAUAAAUUAAUUUCAAAAGAAGAAACUAUAUCAAAAUAAUAAAAGCGAAUUUAAAAAUUAAAAAAGAAGUUAGAUUAACAAUUACAAUAAUAGUUAGAAGAGAAAAUGGUUGAUGUAGAUAAAUAGUAAAAGAGGAGUGCAGAUAUUAAAGAGAGAAUAGGCGAAUUAGAGUUGAAACUAAAAAAUUUAAGUUUAGAAAGUGAAAGAAUCAAAAAAGAUAAUAGAUAAUUACUCUAAGAAAAUGAUUCAUUAAGAAUAUUAUCUGAAAAAUCAAAUCGAUUAUUACCAUAGUUAGAAGAUUCAAAUAAAAGAUUAGAAUAAGAAAUCGUUGACUAUGAAUUGUAAUUCGAGAAAAUGAGUAAACAAAUUAGGGAACUUAAUAGUUAAUGCGUUAAUGAACAAUAAUAGUAAUCUUCAAUUAAUGAAGAAUUGAAAAAUAAGAACUUAUAAAUUGAAAAUUUGCAAGAAGAAUUAAACGAAUAAAUUAGACUAUUUCAUGCAGAAUAAAGAUCAAAUACAUUUUUAAAAGAAGAAUCAGAGAAAUAUAAAUCCCAAUUAGAUAAACUAACAAAAUAGUAAUAAUAAUUAACAGAUGCUUAACAUAAGGAUAUGGAUAAUUUAGAGACUAAAAUUGAGAAAAUUAGCAAAGAGUUGAUUAAAUUAAGAGACGAGAACACCUUAUUAAAAUCAUAAUUAUAGAAUCAUAAAAAGGAAUAAGGAUAAUAUCUUGAUAUGAUUGAUUAACUGUAGAAAUAAAUUAGAGAUUUAAAAGGCAAAAAUAAGAUUCUUGUUUAAUAACAUGAUGAUUUAGAUGCGAGAAUCAAUCAAUUAGUUUAAAUGAAAAAAUAAAACUGUUUGAAAGUAAGAAUCUAAGAUUCAAAUUAAUAAAAAAAAUAAACAAGAUUUGAAGAAUCUGAUAGCAGUUCAUUUUCUGAUUGA